AUGGGAAGCGGAAGGUUCGGGUUUAACAGUAAAAAGGACAAAGUGGAUGCAUCAGAGGCUAAUAAGACUGAGUUUAGUGUUAAGGAAAAGUGUCAAAAAUUGAAAAAGAAAUUAAAGAAGACUGAAACGCAAAAGACUGAAGAAAGCACCAAGGAGAAGACGAUAUGGUGGAACCAGUGCAAUGGACUGAGCGAAAUCGAUCAGUACCUAUGGAUGGUUGGCGGUUCAGCGGGGGCACUGGCUCUCACUGGUGUGGCCGCAGCAUCAGCGUUCUAUCUCACCACACGACCGAAGCCAGAAAAACCCCUCGUCACACUACACGAACAGAGCUUACUUGAAUCAGGUCCAGAACUAGUUCGCGUAUCAAAAUUCUACAAAGAAGCAAAGAACGGUCGAUUUCUUCGAUAUCUGCAUGAUGACACGCGCACUUUGUACGAAACCUUCCGCAGAGGUGUCAAAGAAUCAAAUAAUGGCAACUGUCUCGGUUGGCGCGAGGGACCAAAUAAGCCGUACGUGUGGCAGACAUACAAUGAAACCCUUCUGCGGGCGAAAAACUUCGGUUCGGGUCUCAUAUGCCAAGGCGUCCCUCCGGGCCAAAACACUUUUGUCGGUAUUUAUGCCCAGAAUUGUCCAGAGUGGAUCAUGACGGAGCAGGCAGCUUACUGCUACUCGAUGGUUAUAGUCCCGUUAUACGACACGCUGGGAGCCAACGCAUGUGCCUUCAUUAUAAAUCAAACUGAAAUGUCUAUAGUUGUAUGUGAAGAUGACAAAAAAGCGAAUUUACUGCUGGAUCAGUCACCGCGGUGCCUCCGAAAGUUGAUCACGAUUAGGGAAGUCUCGCCGUCCACACACCAAAGGGCGAAGAGUCGCGGUGUGGAAAUCCUAAAGUUCAGCGACGUCGAAAUACAGGGGGCGCAGAAAGAUCAUCCUUGCGUUCCCCCACAUCCAGACAAUCUAUGCACAAUCUGCUACACGUCCGGGACAACGGGGACCCCUAAAGGUGUCAUGUUGAGUCACGAGAACGUGGUGGCCUCAAUGUGCAGUGUGACGAUGCAGUUGGGCGAACACAGGCCGACCAAGCACGACGUGAUGAUCUCCUUCCUGCCUCUCGCGCACAUGCUGGAGCGGUGUUGCGAGAACGCUCUCUACAUGGUCGGAGGAGCUGUGGGCUUCUACAGCGGUGAUAUCAGACGCAUAGCAGAUGACCUGAGCGCGUUGAAGCCAACCAUGAUGCCGGCUGUACCGAGACUGCUGAACAGACUGUACGACAAAGCCCAGAGCGAAAUAUCCAGUUCGAAAAUAAAGAAACUAUUAUUCAAUAUGGCUCUAUCAGCUAAGGAGUCAGAAUUAAAGAGAGGUAUUAUCCGGUCUGAUUCGGUGUGGGACAAGCUCGUAUUCCGCAAGGUUCGUGAGGGUAUGGGUGGUCGCCUGCGCAUCAUGGUGGUUGGGUCUGCACCUCUAGCUGGCAAUGUUCUCACCUUCGCGAGAUGCGCCCUUGGUUGUUUGAUCGUGGAGGGCUAUGGUCAAACGGAGUGCACUGCGCCGGUUACUCUGACUGUUCAAGGAGACCAUGUCCCUGAGCACGUCGGGCCUCCCGUCGCUUGUUGUAAAGUGAAGCUAGUGGACGUCCCAGAAAUGGAGUACUACGCGGCGCAGGGCCAAGGAGAGAUUUGCGUUCAGGGUGCGAACGUUUUCAAGGGCUACUUCAAGGAACCCGAGAUGACGAGGCAAGUCAUCGACCAGUACGGCUGGCAUCACACUGGUGAUAUUGGAAAAUGGCUUCCAAACGGCACAUUAAAAAUUAUAGACAGAAGAAAACACAUCUUCAAACUGUCGCAAGGCGAGUACAUUGUUCCUGAGAAGAUUGAAAACAUUUACAUUAGAAGCCAGUACGUCGAACAAGUGUUCGUGCACGGCGAAUCGUUGAAGUCGUGUAUAGUAGCUGUUGUGGUACCUGACGUAGACGUGGUAAAGUGCUGGGCCCUGGAAAACGGCAUCAAGGGUACAUUUUCGGCUCUGUGUGAAAACGAAAAAGUUAAGAAGAUGAUAUUAGAUGACAUGCAGAACUGGGGUAAACAGGCCGGUUUGAAAACAUUCGAGCAAGUGAAAGACAUAUAUUUGCACCCCGAUCCAUUCUCAGUGCAGAACGGACUCCUGACGCCCACCUUAAAAGCGAAGCGACCCGAAAUCAAGAGCUACUUUAAACCGCAGAUCGAAGACAUGUACAAACAACUAGAAUAG